CCUCCAGAUUUCGACUGCAACAGUACAUGGAUGGGAUUGGCUCUGUUUGUUUCUUAUGAAUUGCAUGGCAAUGUGGAUGAAACUGAAAACCAACGGGAAUGGGAAGAGGCAAGGGAAGGCAUAUUAAAGAGCAGUUACCAAUACAGUUGUCAUAUCUACACAAAUGAUGAUGAUUCUUUUGAAAGUCCCCUGGUGCGUAAACUAAAUAAUUGCCGUAUUGUUAGACCUGGAUCAUACCAAUAUUGGUUCUACAUACCAAGACGGGAGUGAGCAAAAAGGUUGAAUAAAGGCUUCAUCCGAGCUGAAAUAAUACCAGAGGUGAAUAUGAAAGAGUGUGGGGCGAGACUAAUAUACUCUGACGAUGUGCCCAACUUUAUUCAGAGUCUACUCCAGCAGUACAGUCCCGCGGACCAUGAUGUUAUUGGUGAUUAUAAGUUGCGAAACCCGGACAAAAGUAUCAGCACAGAGUGCUUCUUCUCUGGACCUAGCGGAAUUUUCCAAAAAGAAAAGAACAGUACUGAUCAGCUGGAACUACUUAAACAAGUUGCAGAGCUAAUUCCUUCUCAUGAACCAACUCCAUUCUUCAUUGAAAAUGAACCUCCCGGAUAUGAUUCAAGUUCAACCAAGGUUGUCGGUGAACUGAGAAGAAACAUAGAGUUAGUUCUUCACCAACUCUUUGAGGGAGGCAAUGCAGGUUACUAUGAUUAUGGUUUCACUGUAUCUCCUAAACUCAAAGCAAUUUUGCCGUGGUUUAGUGAUCAAAGCCUAGGGGGCGAAGUACUACUACCUCAUUCUCCUCCGGAUUUGUACAAGGACAAGACAUGGCUAGGAUUAUCUGUCUAUGCUGCCUUCACUGUGUCUCCAGAGAAUCUGUAUCAUCCAUAUACCGCGUGCACGUUUCCCAGAACAAUGGAUUCAGUGUGGUCAAGUUUUUGCUAGCUUUGAUGUCCUU